AUGGGUACUGGAAAGCUACGAAAAAUUGAUUUUGGCGCCGGUGGCUAUACUCAUUAUCGGGAUCAAACCCCUUUGGAAGCAUACUCACAUCUUGAUCAUAAAAAUAAGAAGAAACGACAAGUUUCUUUGGAAAUAAAUACAAGAAAUGGGUUGCGUACCAAGCAAAAACCCCAUGAUGAACCUGCUCAGGUAAUUGGUUCUACAAUCAUGCACGCUGAUCAGAUCGCAGCUCUCGGAGAUAGUGCAUUUGUUCCUAUCAGAGACGCGAAGACAGGGGAAGAAUGGGUAUACAAGCUGAAAGAAAAAAAGUAUAUAUUGCGGAAUGGCGAAUAG